UAGUUCCAAAAAAGGGGCUUAUGUGAAUUAUAGACCACAUAUACUGAACCUUGCAUGUGCGUCGAAAGCCAACCGGAACGCAAUAAAAUAUCGGGUAUAUGGGAAGACUUAAAGUGUGGUACCGGUAUCUCGUAUGCACUUCCGUGAAAACAAAACCUUCCUUUAACAAAAACGAUCUCACACAUGUCUAUGAGCUACGGACUCGUCGGAUAUUCCUUUAAGAAAACGUUCUCAUCAGUUAACAGAAAUCUUUACCAUACCGUCAGCGUUAACCAUUUGACUGCAAAUUGACCACACCGAACACAAAUGAGAGCUUGAACUGAACGUGAGCGUAAAAUAUAGCGUUUAAAAACAAGUGCUAACUUCCACAAGAAGUGUGGAGUAUGGAGACAGAUGAUCGGGACUUUUUGAACACCCCUCCUGUUAAGACUGUAAGGUUUGGAGGGAGUGUUGCGGAAACUCUAGCUAAACAAAAACAGGGAGACAAAAUUGACUAUGAGCUGCUAAAACACCAGCUGGCGGAUCCCGAGAUAAAGGAUGCUCAAAUCAUCAACUGGCUACAAGAGUUUCGUAGUUGUGUGACCCAGCUAACCAAAGAACAUGAACAGCUCAUCUACACAAUUUUGAGGCUUCCUUGGGUAGGCCGUAGCCAGGCUGUAGUGGAGGAGUACAUGGCCUUCCUAAGUAACCUGGUUUCGGCACAGACUGUAUACCUGUGUGCCUGUCUCAAAAUGGUGAUCUCCCACUUUAUACCAAAGCGAGUGACAAUCUGUGAAGGAGGCAUCGAUAUCUCUGAUUCAGAUGAUGAAGAUGAAAACCUCCCAAGAAACUUCGAUCAGUGUCACCAGGCGUUGCAGCUAAUCAUCAGAUUCGUGCCAUCCACAAGUCGCUUUCUGAUGCCCAUUUUACAAGACAACUUUCCUUUUAUACAGAAAUCAUCCAGAACGCUGGAGUGUUAUGUUCACAACCUCUUGAGGGUUACCAUUUAUAUACCAUCAAUUAGACGAGAAGUACUGGAAGUGAUCAUUGGCAAAAUGCUUAAACUAGAUGUGAGUGCAUCCAGGUCAGACAUUGAUGAAGCAGAAGAAAAUGCAGUGCAGCAGCAGGCAGAGGGACUGACUGAGGAAGGACUAUUUGACAUGGAUGAGGAUGUGUCGGAAGAUCCCCCCUCGAGGACAGCUGUGAUGGCCCAUCCAGUGGCUGAGAGGCUGGACAGUCUUAUGGCAGUUCUGUUGGCUUAUAUCAAAGACAUCUGCAAUGUCAAUGGCUCUUUUGUUGUGGAAAGUACUAAGGAGCUGUACAAAGAUUUGUUGAGUGUGUUUGACAAGGUCAUUCUGCCAACACAUGCUUCCUGUCAUGUCCAGUACACACUAUUUUACCUGUGCAGCUUCAGACUGGCCUUGGCCGAGGCAUUCUUGGAUCAUCUUUGGAAAAUCUUGCAGAGCCCGUCUCAGCCUGCUGUCCUCCGCCAGGCUGCUGCUGGAUACAUGGGGAGCUUCUUGGCUCGAGCCAAGUUUAUUCCUGUGCUAACUGUGAAGGCAUGUCUGGACCUGCUGCUCUCCUGGAUCCAUCAAUACAUUGACAGCCAGGACAGCAAUGGAAAACAGGCCUGCUGUGAUAUUGGUCUGCACGGGCCCUUCUAUACUGCCUGUCAGGCCGUCUUCUAUACACUCAUCUUUAGACAUAGAGCCAUUCUGGAGGGAAACAUGAAGAAAGGUCUGGAGUACUUGCAGAGCCUGAAUCUGGAGCGGGUGGUGAUGUGUCAGCUGAACCCACUCAAAGUCUGCCUGCCUUCAGUUACUAGCAUGUUUGCAGCCAUUACAAGAAAGUACCAGGUGGUGUUCUGCUACACCAUCAUAGAGAGGAACAACCGUAAUGUGCUUCCGGUGGUUCGCAGCUCUGCAGGGGGAGACAGUUUAACGACUAACACCAACCCUCUGGACAGCUUCUUCCCCUUCGACCCCUACCUACUUCAGAGGUCUGGUCAGCUGAUUGAGCCAUUGUACCAGGUCUGGGAGGAACUAGCAGACACGGAGCUGCCUCCCACCCAAACAGGCAAUCAGGGCUCAAGGGAGGACGAGGAUGACUUCCUGUGUGGGGAGACUCCCAAGACAGAGGGUGUAGUGGGAAUGACACCAGGCUCCUACGACUCAAACUUUUGUUGCCCAAGCAGCAUGGGUUCACCCCCAAUCACCUUCCAAUGACCUUAAUGCUUCGUCAUCUUCUGUCCUAUUUAAUGGAUCCCUGUGGGUUUGACAGAGACUUUCUGCUCUGUGACUCCAGAACCUUUUGAAGAACAGAUGUUCUUUUGAUAUCAUCAAGGUCACUCCCAGAGCGAGCAGCCACACAUGGGCAGGAAUCUGUAAUGUGACAGUAAUCUUCCCUUCAUAAUUCAGAUUGUCUUUAAUCAAAAGAAUUGCAGCAAACAGUAGAAUAAUUCACAAACCAGUCAAAUCAGAAGAUAUUGGACUGAUCUCUAUUCAUAUCAGAAUACAUAACAUCAGUGUUAAUGAAUAAAUAAUCGAUAUCUGUAUCUGUGAGAGAGCCCCAAAUUUCUGUUAAUGACUGACAACAUAUCAAGUAUCAAAAAUUGAGUUUCUUGAAUUUCCACAUUAGGCUGGCUUCAAAAUUAGUCCAAAGCCAAAGACUACAAUAUUAAAAUACCCAAUUUUACAGCCAAAAUAAACAUGUUAUAGCCUGGCUUUCUAUUGUUUAUUUACCCAUUUAUGCCAUUCAGUGUGUAAGAUGUUAUAGACCCUGAACUUUACAGCCAUUUCUGGGUUUGUUGUGUGGUCUUUUUUUGUACUAACUGAGCGACAAGUUAAAGAAGAAGAAGUCAGUGCUUUUUAUUUUGUUUUUAUUUUGAGCUACCUGGCUUGUUAAGCUUUUUUUAUAUAUUGAUUUAUUUGUUUUAAUUCUGACUUCCAUGCCCCCUGUGAAAACACAGUUGAUUGCUUUAUGAGGCCUCGAUAUUCUGUUAAGCAAUCAAGUGACAUUGACAUUGGUGAGACUGUGUCUUAACCUUGGCAGAAAUGUAUGCACAGACAGAAGAAUUUGGAUUUGGACUUAUAUGAGAGUUAUAUUUUUGGCAGUAAAGUGAGUUCAUACAAGACAGACUUGAAAAAAUGUCAACAUACAUCUUAUGACAUUUGAGUAUUUAAAAUUUCUCCAAUCUAAUUAUUCCUUUACUGUUUACCUGUCUGUUAAUGGUUAACAUGUUUGUGUUAUGUCUUGUCUUAUGUCAGAGUUUUAUGUUUAAAAGUCAAUUAUGUUUUGGCUUCUCUCCAUCACACCUGUCUUUGUUAUUUGUCUUAUUACUUCAGAGCGCCAGAGUAUUUUUAUUUUUUGUACAAAUGCUAUCAGUUUCUGGCACAGAAUUACAUUGCAUUUGCUCCUGAAACACAUAUGCAAUCUUUUCUCCAGUACAGCUUAUAGAGUAUGUUUUAUUUAUUUAUAAUUUUUACAAUUAUUACAGCAUUUUAACAGAAAACUGUUACAAAAUAUAUCUGUUUUUUCAGAGUGAAGUAGUGUAGACAGUCAUCCUGUAUACUUAACACAUAAGUAUUUUUUGUCUGCAAAAUUACUUCUGUGGAAAACUGAGCUAUCAGACUGCAUGCUGACUGAUCCAGAUAUUUGCCCCACAAUUUAUGAAAUUGUCAACCUGUGAAAAAUCACUGCUUUAGCAGAAAAAUCUAAUUUUAGACAACUUGAAUAAACCGCAUCAAAUUCA